GCCACGCCAGCCACUGCCAACCGCUCCUGCAGCAGAUGCCAGCAGUCACCCAAUCACAGAUGGGCGACAUGAAGCAAAAGCAAGGGGAAACUGAGGAGGCCUAUGAGGCCCGUGUUGGACCAACUAGCGGAGUGGAAGAAACGAGCAGAGGCGGCUACUACCGCAAGGAAAAAGGAGGAGGAGGCAGAGGAACAGCGUCGCCUCACUGAGGAACAGCGACAGGCGGACGCCGAAGCAGCAAAGAGGCAGAUGAGAAACGACAAUAACAAGGCAAGGAGGCCCCCCGAGGCUGUGUGCGGCAAUGCAAACGCAUACGCACAUGUGACCGAUCUGGUCUCGACAUGCGCAGCCCAGCAAGAGGACAUCCUUGGCCUAGACACGCUGCUCAAGCAGCUGGCCACGCUGGUCAAGCAGCAGGCUCAGACAAUUGCCAACCUGCUCGACCGCGUGCAUAGGCUGGAACAACAGCCUGCAGCAGCCACGCCCGCCGACCCCUCGAACUUGGCUGAUUGCGUAAGCGUAUUGGAGGUGGACAUAGGCGUCAUGAAAUACACAAUGAAGCAGCAGCACGCAACCAACCAACAGUUGGAUCAGCAGAUUCGUGCAGCCACACUCGGUUCAGCCUUGACGCCUCCCAGACGCAUGCCCAAGCUGGAUGACAUUCCGGUCUGCUACGACGCUUCAAAGACCAAUUCACUUCCAUGGCGGAAGCAGUUUGAGCUGAGGUUGCACAUGUACAAGGUGCGCAACUGCAACCAGCAUGCCUGCCUUUACCAUCGGGCGGGCGGCGCGUAUCAAGCAUGGCUUGACAAUCUCUUAUACACAUACAAAGUCAACAUCUCCGAGCUGCACACGAAGAUCACUUGGGCUGAUCUCACGGCAGAGCUCCAGGGGAUGGAAAAACUGCAGAAGUUCCAUCAGAACACCCUGCUGAGCUUGGAUUGGAUCGCCAAGUACCAACGCUUGGCAUCCACGACCAACUCGCCAAUCAGCUUCACAGGCGUCAAACACUACUGCAUCACGAGGUCGUGUCCGGCAUUGCAAAAUGCGCUGAAGCAAGUCGCGGAGACACUCACCUCAAGGGCAGAACAUGAUGACGGAGUCUGUGUGGACGAAGUGGUUUCUAGAUUAGGAAGAGGGGUAACAGAUGGAGACAAAACCAAGGGAGGUAGGUGUGGUGAAGACAGGGGUGGUAGAGUAGUCGGAAGGUGGGUAAUAGACGGCGAUAAAACCAGGGGAAAUAAAGGCGAUGAAGACGGGGGGGAUGAAGUCAGGGGUGGUGAAGUGGCUGAAGCAGAGACAGGGGGGGCAGUCGUAGGUGAGACCCGRAGAGGGGACUCUGCAGGUGGUAAUGCAGGCAUGGCCACGGAUGCCAUGGAGGAACGCACCGAGACCAAGGGCGRCACAACAGAYGCGKUGGUCACGGAUGCCAUGGAGGAACACACCGAGACCAAGGGCGACACAACGGUUGCGGUGGCCACGGAUGCCAUGGAGGAACACACCGAGACCAAGGGCGACACAGCAGCUGCGGGUCGAGUUGGUCCCGCGGAAUCAAUCGUAGAAGCAACCAAGGCUGAUGAGGAAGAGGCUGCGAACCGAAAAGGGGCAGCCAAGGUCACAAACUGCAUGGAAGAGGUUACUAAGACUGUUGACGACGCAGGUGCUGCAGACGCAGGUAAUGAAGAAGAGGCUGUGAUAGGUGUGACAGGCGACGAUAAUGAAGAAGGGGCUGUGACAGGCGUAGUCCGAGGACAGUGUGUACAAACCCGAGAAAGCGGGUGAUGAAUAGACCAUUGAAGCAUGUUGCGGAACCAG